AUGGCAUAAUAAACCCCUUAAUAAUGCAAAGCUAACUUAGUUUAAUAAUCUAUUUCAAAUUAAUAAAAAAAUCUAUGCUCAAUUAAUUAAUCUUAAAUAGCAGAAAAGGAUUUAUUAUCCUCAAAAAAGAAAGUAUAAUAUAAUCAAUCCUGUUUAAAAAGUCUAUGACAGACUAAUGAGUUCUUAAACAAAUUGAGAUAACUAAUCAUAACUCUCUUAAUAUUUUGAUCAUUUAGGAGGUAGAAAUUUAAUUAAUUUUAGGCAAAUGUUUAUGUUCAUUAUGUAACUGUGGAAAACAUAAAUGUAAUAACAAGAAUUGUAUUAACAAACAUUAAUUACAUGGAAAUUAUACAAUAUAUCAAAAAGAAUUUGUAAAAAAGACUCAAGAAAAUGGAUCAAAAUGUAACUAAAAUAUAUUUUAAUAACCAAAAUUUACAUGUAACUUAGCAAAUGUGACAACUUAUAAAGUAAUUAAGUGGAAACUAUGAAUUAAGCAUGAUUUUUCAGGAUAUAAUAGUAAAGUAGAUUUACAGAAGAAUACAUCUAAACCUACUGUUAAUGGUAUUCCUUUUUCUGGAAUAUCAACUUAUAAUAAUAUGUAUUUAAAUUGGGGAAUGGGUGACACACCUCAAUUAUUACCAUAAAACAAUCCUACUAUUAUCAAAGAAAUGCCAUUUAUGGGAAAAAGCAUUUAUAAAGAUAGUUAUUAAGGAACUCAAACACUUAAUGGCUAAUAUAAUAAUGAAUAUCACAAAGAGUUUGAUCCUAAACAUUUGAACCAAUGUCCAGCAAAAGAGGUGUUAGAAGAGGUUGCUAAAAGUACUUAAUUUUGA